GUAAUAUCAAGAUUAGUUAGAGUCAGUUACACUUUCUGUUUUCAAUUAAACUUGUGAUUGAUUGAGGCACUAUAUAAAGUCCUCUAUUGUACAGAAUAAUCAGUUUUUUCAUUGAAUGAAUUACACAAUUAUAUUUUCCACAUGGUAUCAGAUGAUUCUAUUCUCGUUUUUCUCUCGCUUUCUCUCAUUUUUUUUUUCUCGUUCGCUUCCGCAUUCGUGGUUGAUCUUCUUCUCUUGAUUUCGUGAUUUUGGUUGAGGCGUUGAUUUUGAUUUCUUCGAUCUCCAGCCUAUGUUCUUUGAUCUCUUCGCAGUCUUGGGUUCGAUUGGUUGAAGCGUUGAUCUCUCUCUUCUCUGAUUUCUGUUCUUCAAUUUCUUCUCAGUUUUGUGCCCUAGUUGAUUGUUUUGUUGCUGAUUGUUGAAGAUUCAUGGUGAAUCCUCCGAUUGAUGUUCACAGUCCUUACUAUCUUCAUCCUAAUGAGAAUCCCGGUGCGAAUUUGGUGACUGCAUCUCUGGUUGGCAAUAACUACCAUUCUUGGUCUCAGGCCAUGUGGCGUUCUUUGAAGACCAAGAACAAACAUGGGUUUGUUGAUGGUUCCCUUCCGAAACCUGCAGCUGAUGAUCCUUUAUUUGGUGUAUGGGAUCGCUGCAACACUUUGGUGAUUUCUUGGCUUACACAAGCAAUGGAUCCGGUUAUAGCUCAAAACAUUUUGUGGAUGGAUCUUGCUUCUGAGAUCUGGGCAGAUUUGAAGUCCAGAUAUUAUCAAGGUGAUUUGUUCAGAAUUUCAGAUCUUCAAGAAGAGUUGUAUUCUCUUAAACAAGGUGACAUGCCUAUCACUACUUACUUUACUCGAUUGAAGAGUUUAUGGCAAGAAUUAGAAGCUUUUAGGCCAAUUCCUUCUUGUACCUGUGCUGUUUCUUGUACUUGUGAUUUGAUUCCAAUUGUUAAAAGCUAUAGAGACAGUGAUUAUGUGAUAAGAUUUCUCAAGGGUUUGCAUGAGAAUUAUGCUGCUGUGAGGUCCAGUAUCAUGUUAAUGAAUCCUUUGCCCCCAAUUUCCAAGGUUUUUUCCUUGCUAGUCCAGCAAGAGAGACAGUUUAAUUCAGUCAAUCUUGAAGAGAGUAAAAUCUUAGCCUAUCAUUCAGAUGCUGGAAAAAAGUAUGCUCAUAAUGCAGAUCAUGAUAGUCAUGAACAAGAUAGAUCCAAAAGAACUCCAUAUCCUUCAAAGGGAAAAGGAAAUAGUGGUCGAUAUGCUGCAAAAGAGUGUAGUUUCUGUCUCAGGUCUGGUCAUACAGUUGAUUACUGUUACAAGAAAUAUGGGUACCCUCCUAAUUUCAAGAAGAAUGGGAGUUUUAAUUUUGUUACUCAAGAAGAUGGUGAUGAUUUUGAUGCCAAAUCGGCUUGUUCUUUUAAGCCUGAAGUCAAUCAUUCAACACCGGGGUUUACUGCUGAGCAAUAGAAGACUCUAUUGGCUUUAUUGUCUCCGUUUUCUACCAGUUCUGGUCAGGCUUCAUCAAGUAAUCAGAUUGCUACUGUUGUAGCAGAAAAUGGUUCUGGCAAUACAUCAGGAACGCCCUACCCUGAAGACGAUUGGUGCAGCUGAGGAGAGGGGUGAUUUAUAUGCACUGAUAGAUCCAGCAGUCAAGGUCAAGCAUCCCCCAGUUGAAGACAACAUCAAGACUCAAGUCUCUCAUUUCAAUUUCUGCCAAUUUGAUUGUAAUUUGUGGCAUUUACGAUUAGGACACACUUCUUCUAAGAAGUUAGCCAUUCUUCAGAAAAAUUUCCCUUUUAUUACUUGUAAGAAGAUUACUUCUCCUUGUGAUACUUGCCAUAUGGCAAAACAAAAAAAAUUGUCUUUUCCAAA